ACCAUAGUAACCGGAGAAGCGACAGUUUGUUGUCGGUUGUCUACCGCAGAGGAAGCAGGAUGUCUGAGGUUGAAGAAACACUAAAGAGGAUCCAGUCCCAGAAGGGGGUGAUAGGAACCAUCGUGGUGAAUGCGGAAGGCAUCCCCAUAAGGACCACUCUGGAUAACUCCACCACAGUGCAGUAUGCCGGCCUCCUUCACCAGCUCUCCUUGAAAGCCAGAAGCACAGUGCGCGAUAUCGACCCUCAGAACGAUCUGACGUUCCUCAGGAUCCGCUCCAAGAAGCAUGAGAUAAUGGUUGCUCCAGAUAAAGACUACCUACUGAUCGUUAUCCAGAAUCCAUCGGACUGAACGCGCGCCCCUGGUGAUCUAUUAGCUGCAUACUCUGGAACAUGUUUUAUUAGGGUCUUUCUACUUAAAAAAACUGCACCCCCCAUGACCAGUAAAGGGGAAAAUAUGUCAUUUUUGGGCCGGAUCUAAUUCUGCCGCCAUGCAGCUGUGCUUCCAGGAGGCAGAAGUAGGAGGGCAUGUCGUGGAUACAUCAUACUGAAGUGCCUAUGUUAUAGCUUAGGUGAGGACUGCACUUUUUGGUUAAGUGCUGCCCCACAUCUGAACCUGCACCCUGUGAUCAGUGUGCUGCUGGCAUAAGUUGUAUGUUAAAGAGUCCCAGUUUAUCCCAGGUGUUUCCUAUAUGGCAGCUUUUAAUUACAGUGCAGGGCCCCUUUAAGAAAAUUAAAGGGUAUCUGUCAGCAGAUUUGUACCUAUGAAACUGGCUGACCUGUUGGCAGCUGAAGGCAUCUGUGUUGGUCCCUUGCUCAUAUGUGCCCGCAUUGCUGA